AGGUUUUCCCAGAUGGUGAAAGUCCGGUCUCUACGCAGAUCUUGGGAAAUAAAGAUGCAAGAGCGCCAGGAAAAAAAAAUGGUUAAAGAUUUUGCUAAACAGCUGAAGGAGGAGAAACAGCAGAAGGUGGAACAAUUUCAUCAGCAAAAUGGUUGUCUGACAUAGCAGCACUAUCCACAUGGAGCUUAUCCACCACCAGGACAGGGUGGUUUCUAGAACACUGCCAUCCUUCACACCAAAGACAAUACACCAUGGAUGCAGAUUUGGGUCUGGAAGAGCUUAGGAAAGAGAUGACCUCAGAUAUGCCCAGGACAAAAAGGGCAGAUAAAAGAUCACACAACCAACCAAAAAAAUGCAGGUUCUGUAAACAUACAUUACGUAAAGGGGAACAAGGUGUCUGCCUAGACUGUGCAGAACCAGCAGAUCUAGCACCAACUUUAUCACCACAAACAAUUCCAUUACAACAGGCUGAGGCUAGUCCCCCACAUUUAGAAUCUCAGGAUCCUUCUACUUCAAAACCUCCUCAGCUAGAGGAAUUGUUUGACUGUAUUAAAUCAACCAUUCAAUCUUCCAUUACUCAACCAACUAAGCAUAGUAAAAAACGAAAGACACAUACUAUUCCAGAUUCACAUUCAUCUGAUUCUGACUCACCUACCGAUCAAGAUAGUGAUGUUGAGCCAGGCGAAAUUUCUGAUAGGUCAAAGUAGAAUAUGUAUGCACUCCCUGGCAUUUCCGUAUGCAAUAAUCUGGUGCUCAGUCCUCUAGGGAGACGGCACUCCCCUGGGUUCACAGGAAACGAAGAAUUGAGGAAACGGCACACAGAAUUGAAUGCAAAAAGGGAUAUACCCCUAUGGAUUUAUUGUGUCAAACAGCACAACACUUCGGGGGCAGGCCCCUUCGUCAGGUGAAAUUUCUGAUAGAGAAUUCCUCUGAUGACUCAGACACACAGCGUCAUUACCGCUCCAUUGCAGGCCCAGAAACCGCAAAACCGAACAGCCGCAUCAAAAGCUGACAAAGUAUUAGGGAUUCAACCCAAAAAGUGUAGAACCUUCCCAGUAUUUAAAUCAAUAUCUCAGGUGAUUGAGAACGAAUGGUCAAAACCAGACCACCGCAUCACCCAGACUCAAAGGUUCCAAAACACUUAUCCUGUUCCAGAGGAACAAUGUAAAUUGUGGGACAAGGCCCCUAAAGUUGACUCAGCGGUAGCUUGCUUGUCCAAAAACACAACUCUACCAACAGAGGAAGUGGUUUUCAAGGAGCCGAUGGAUACAAAGAUGGAAGGGUCCUUGAGGAGAGGGUAUACACAUGCCACAUCAAUUCUAAGACCGGCAGUAGCAUCGGCGGGAUUAGCUUGUACUGCCAGAUUUUGGUGCCAGGAAUUGCAAAAGAAUCCUACUUCCCUAGAGGUUUUACAUGAAGAACUACAACGUCUUAGCUCAGCGUUCGCCUUUUUAGCAGAUGCAGCCAUGGACACGGUUAGGUUGGCAGCCAAAACCAGUGUUGACACAGUACUUGCUAGACGUGCACUUUGGUUACGUCAUUGGUCUGGAGAUACAGCAUCCUAGACCAAGUUAAUGAACCUAAGAUUUACUGGGGACACGCUCUUCGGACCAGACCUCAAGCAGAUCAUUACUGAAGUUACAGGUGGUAAGAGCAUCUUUUUGCCUUAGUGCAAGAAACCCAGAUCAGAACAGCCCACUAGAUCUUAUAAUAGACCCUGGAGCUCCCAGGGACAACCAUUUCGUUCCUUUCGAAAUCCCACCUUUCCUCUGUCACAAUCAAGCGGGGAGACGAGAAAAGGAAGACAAACUUGGUCCAACCAACAGAGACAGAGCAGGAAACCAGCUCCAUCAAAGCCCAAUUCAGCCUGACUCCAGGCUGGGGCAAGCGAAGGUAGGAGGUCGUCUUCAGCAAUUUUUUCCAGUAUGGCAAGACCACAUACAGGAGAAUUGGGUGCUCACAAUCAUAGCAGAAGGGUACCGAAUUCCAUUCGACAGCCUACCUCCUCGCACUUACAAACGCUCAUCUACACCAAAAAACUCAUCCAAAAGACUCGCUCUGGCUACGAUAGUGAACGAACUGAAACAAAACAAUGUCAUUGUACCAGUACCUGCCGAAGAACGCUACAGAGGUUUCUACUCAAAUCUCUUUUUGGUCUUAAAGAAGGAGGGUACCUUCAGACGAGUAUUAAACCUAAAAACCUUAAACAAGCAGGUGUCCAAACAGAGAUUCUGCAUGGAGUCCAUCCGGUCUGUGGUAAUGUCAAUGACCCACAAUUGUUUUAUGACCAAGGUAGACCUUCAGGAUGCCUACUUACAUGUACCCAUCAGAAGGGCAUCCCAACAAUAUCUACGGUUCACGGUGCUCGAAGAACAUUACCAAUUCAGGGCACUUCCUUUCGGCCUUUCCACGGCACCCAGAGUGUUCACAAAAAUACUCAGCCCAUUAAUUGCACACCUCAGGCAUCUGGGAAUCUCGGUCACACCUUAUCUAGACGACCUCCUAAUCAGAGCUCCGUCCUACAACCAAAGUCACAAAGACGCCCAGAUUUGUGUCACGAUACUCCAACAGCACGGUUGGAUAGUAAAUUACAAAGAGUCACCUCACACCCACACAGCAAAUUCAAUUCUUGGGAAUGUUGUUCGACUCAUCCCGUCUGAAUCUUCUCCGAGGGCAGAGAUGUAGUCUAACAAUAGUACACACUGCUCAACAAGUCUGCACUCAGACCACCAUUUCAGCGGAACGCUGCCUCCAGUUAUUAGGCUACAUGGUAGCAGCGUGGGAAGCACUACCAUUUGGCAGAUUCCUCAUGAGAGACUUUCAGAAUCACUUUCUAAGCCUUUGGAACAAGAACCACUCAAACUUAUCACAACAAAUUCCACUUACCAUGCAAGUCAAACGAUCACUGAAUUGGUGGACAACACCUCAAAAUCUAUCUCAAGGCAAGACAUGGGCCUUACCCCAGUGGACCGUACUGACCACGGAUGCCAGCCUCACCAGCUGGGGGGCAACUUGGCCACCUCGGACUUGCCAAGGGACGUGGUCACCGGCAGAAUCAAAACUACCCAUAAACGUGUUGGAAAUCAGAGCAAUACGAAAUGCCAUAGCUCAUUGGUCUCAAGAAUUACAAAACAAACCACUGCGCAUUCAGUCCGACAAUGCCACCGCAGAAGCCUACCUCAACAAGCAGGGGGGAACCCGCAGCAACAGAGCAAUGAGGGAGGUAGCGCAAAUACUCACCUGGGCAGAACUUCAUGUUCCAGCCAUCUCUGCAGUCUUCAUUCCGGGCAUACUAAACUGGGAGGCGGUUUAUCUCACCCGCCAGCGGAUAGACCAGGGAGAGUGGUCUCUCCGCUUCGACGUCUUCACACAGUUGGUAACCAGAUGGGGAACACCAGACAUAGACAUGUUUGCGUCAAGACACAAUUUCAAAGUUCCUACCUACUGCGCCAGGUCACAGGACCCAAGGGCAGCUUACGUGGACGCCUUAGUAAUACCAUGGAUUUUCAAGAGAGUCUAUGCCUUCCCUCCGCUAGCACUUCUUCCAAGAGUGAUCUGCAAGAUACGGCAGGAACGGACGGAAACCAUUCUCCAUUGGCCGCGGAGACCUUGGUACUCCGAACUCAUCAACAUGUCAGCAGCUCCACCAUGGCGGCUACCUCUCGCCAGAUUUGCUCACUCAAGGACCAAUAAAACACGACAACCUUCAGAGGUUGCAUUUGACGGCUUGGCUUUUGAAACAGAGUUGUGGCGUUCCAAAGGGUUUUCAAAAGAGGCCACUGACAUUCUGUUGAAGGCCAGACUGAGACUGGUGUGAAUCCAGGCAGUUUCAGUGGCCGCAAGCGUCAGUCCCAACAAUUGUUGAAUUCCUUACUCAGGGGCUCCAUUUAGGUCUCUCCCUAGCAACCUUCAAAGGCCAGAUCUCGGCCCUUUCUAUUCUCCUACAACAUCAGUGGGCAAGGGAGCCAGAUCUCAUGCAGUUCAUGCAGGGAGUGGGUAACGUUAGGCCUCCAUACAGGGAUCCAACACCACCCUGGGAUCUUACACUAGUCCUCAAUGUAUUACAAGGACCCCCAUUUGAGCCUUUAGCUUCCUGUACGCUUAAAUUUCUUACCUGGAAAAUGACUUUUCUAUUGGCCAUUACCUCAGCAAAACGAGUCUCAGACAUGGCGGCCCUAUCUUGAAAGGAACCCUGGCUUAUUUUGCAUCAGGACAGGGCAGUUUUCAGGACUAUUCCAGCCUUCCAACCCAAGGUGGUUUCUGCUUUCCACAUAAAUGAGAAAAUUAAUCUUCCUUCCUUCUGCCCUAGGCCAGCUAAUCCCAAAGAAAAGGCACUACAUAAACUAGAUGUAGUGAGAGCGAUUCGCUAGUAUCUAGACAGAUCCAAAGAUUAUAGAAAAUCAGAUGCCUUUUUAAUUACGUAUGGUCAGAACAAAGGGUCGCCUGCUUCUAAACGAACGAUUGCUAGAUGGCUGGUUGAGACAAUCAAUUGUGCUUAUGACCUUAGUCACAAACCUAGGCCUUUCAAGGUCCGAGCUCAUUCUACCAGAGCACUAAGUGCAUCCUGGGCCUUGUACAAUCUAGCCACUCCAGAACAAAUCUGUAAGGCAGCCACUUGGGCUUCUUUGUCUACAUUCGCAAAAUUUUAUAGACUUCAUGUGUUUCAUUCAACGCCUGCUGCAUUUGGUAGAAAAGUACUUCAAGCAGCUGUGAGGAAACAGUAAAUUGAACCCAGCCCUAAAAAGAUGGGACAGCUUUCAGACGUCCCCAUGGUUGCUGCACUGACAGGAAGGGCCAUUCUAGAGAGAGAUGGAUUUUCGACUUACCGGAAAAUCUUUUUCUAGACGGCCUGGACUGUCAGUGCAGUAAGCCCCACCCUUUCAAUUAUAGUUUGAUAUUGUUGCAAGUUGACAUGUUAAUACUGUUGUUGUUAUGAAUUUCUUCUAGCUCUUUCUCUGCUAUCCUUUCUAUUCUCCUAACUGAGCUGACAGACCAAACUGAGGGGAAUCAGGAGGAGCAAGAGCUUAUAUGAAGAGGGCGGAGUCGAGAUUCUAAUUUUUUUCUUCUGUCCUGCCUCCGGAGGUGGAUACUUAACCCAUGGUUGCUGCACUGACAGUCCAGGCCGUCUAGAAAAAGAUUUUUCGGUUUUCUAUGGCUUUUAAGUUAAUUAGAGAGAGAGCACGAGCGAGAGAGAGAAAAUGAAUGAAUAUGAAUUGGCACUCACCAUUCAUGCAGUUAAAAGCCAGGUGCUAACCAAAUUCAUCAAUAGUAGUCCAGUGAACGCACUCGCGGCAUUAGACCUUCAGAUAUAUAUCAAAACGUUUUUAUUAGUGCAUGGUGCAUCAACGUGUUUCGAUUCACAUGGAGCCGUCAUCAGGAUGAGAGAACAGGAAGUGGAGCAAAUCAUUAAAUCACCCUCCAAUCAGCAUGUCAAUGUUUAAAACACCACAUAUGUGAACUAAAAAGUGUCAGCCUAUUCGCAUUAUAAUGUGUUGAGAAGAGUCCACUCAUUUCUAUUAAAUCACUAUUAUAAGGUGACUAUUAAAACCAGUGUAUUAGGCCCUACAUAGGCCAAAUACAAAUUAACUAGAAGUAAAUAUGUUGUGAAAUGUGUGCAAAUAACAGUGGAACCCUUCAGUGAAAAUGUAUAAUUUUAGUGUAUCAAAUGCAAUUGCUGUUUUUAUCUUGAGAAAGGUCCCAGUAGAGGACCGAAACAUCAAUACAAUAAAGGAGAAUUGAUUUGAAAAAAUUCCCUGUGUGCACCAGCAUCUACUUAUAUCUCUCUCUCCCUCCCAUGAAAAAGAGGCAGACCGGGAACAAAGAAAGGAAAAAAGAUACACAGUUAAAAAUUAUGUCAAGAAAAUGUAUCAAUAAAACACUGAUAAGCAGAGACAUUGUAUCAGCAACUCAAGUAACAGAAUCAGGAGUAAAUAUUCGCACACUGUAUAGCUACACUGUAUUACACAUUAUAGCACAAUACCUUUGAUUCAAAAAAAGCACAUAAAAGACCAAUGUUCGUUUAAGCCUAAAGGGGCCAUAGUGUUCAAUUUUCUUUAUCCAGAAAACUUCUCUCUGGAAGAGGAUUUUGGAUCUGUCUCCACCCGUCUCAGAGGCGGCACAUGAUCAAUGACAAUAUACUUGAAGAUGGGUAAUCUGUGUCCUUGUUCAAGGUAGUGUUUUGCUACUGGUUUAAUAGAUACCCCAUCCCUAAAUGCUACACUUAUUGCUGAGCGGUGGGCAUCCAUUCUCAAUCUGAGUGUUAGAUCUGUCUUGCCAACGUAAGGCAACCCACAAGUUCAUGUGAUCAAGUAUAUGACAUGGCUUGUGUUACAGGUAAUGUGAUGUCUUAUCGCAAAUCGCUUGCCAGAUUGAGGGUGUAAAAAACGUGUUUCCAGGUGUCAUGUAUCUGCAUGAGGUGCAGUGAAAACAGCCUGGUUUAGCUCCAGACAACCAUGUCUCUGUAAUCUUGCUAUAACAUUAAAAUAACAUUAACAUAUCUAUCUAUCUAGAUAUAUCUAUAUAUCGAUCUAUCUCUAUCUAUCUAUAUAGAGAUAGAGAUAGAGAGUUAGAUAGAGAGAGAGAGACCAAAUGGUCUCACAAUAGAUAAGAAUCUGUCUCAAUAAUAAGUUAGUAUCAAAUGUUAAGUAUUAAAAGUUACACAACAUUGCUAACUGUGUUGCAAGCCCAGUUCACAGAAUACACCAAAACAAGCGAAUAUCCAAAAUCAAUUGAAAGAGCAGUAUUCAUUAAGGCCUCUCGCCGAUAGUGUUCCCAGUUUCUUAAUCCAAAAGGAAUCUCACUGCAGUAAUAAUCUAGAUGUAUCGCCUCCACGUGUAGGCAUGGGAAUGUGAUCUAUUGCUAUAUAUUUGAAUGUUGGUAAUCUAUGCCCCAAUUCAAAACAAUGUUUUGCAACCGGUUUUGCAACUUGAUUUCUGAUCGAGAUAGGCCGUAUUGAUCGCUGAUCUGUUGGUGUCCAUACGUUGGCGCAGAGUCAAGUCUGUUUUGCCAACGUAUGCAAGUCCACACGGGCACGUAAUCAAAUCACGUGAGUAGUAAUACAGGUGAUAUGUCGUAUCUGCAUGCGUUUUCCCGUCUGUGGAUGCGCAAACGUGGUGCUAGGAAUCGUAUAUCUACACGAUGUACAAGUUGGACAUUUAAAACAACCCAUUUUUUUAGGGGGCCUCCACGAGGCGCCAGAUACUUCACCUUUAUAACUUCUAAUAGGAUCAUUAACCUGCAGUAAAUCACGUAAAUGUCUCAUGUCCUCAAUGUCUCAUCAGCCUGUAUGAUCUUCCAAUUAGUUUUCAAUGCAUAUUUUAACGGAGUAGCAUAAUUGUUAGGACGAAAAAAUCAACCCCGUGGUUCCUUCCGUAAUCUUUCGUUGUUGUCAGAACGUGUUCCAGGCCUUUUGUAAAGCAUUGUCCAAAGUCUGUAUGCCAUACCCCCUUUGAAUAAAUCUUUCUUUCAUUUCCAUAAGUUGUUGUUCACAUACAACCUGAUCUGAGUUGUUUCUUAAGACAUGGCAAAACUG